AUGCGUUUUAAGACUUCUGUCCGGAAUAUUCAGACUUUCAGCACUUCAUUGUCAUCACUUGGCAAAGUAGCUUGGGUACGCCUGGACGACAAUGGAGUACGAUUCACAAUUAUUCCUGAGACAGGAACUCAAGUAUGGGCGUCUCUCUCUAUUGACUCGAUAUUUGAAGAUUACACAAUUCAAUCCGCCGCUCCAGAUAACACGAUCAACGUAGAAUUACCCCUCCCGCCCCUCCAUCGCGCUUUAAAAUCCGCAAUAAAUGCGUCAUCUGCUUCAAUACGACUCACUAAAAGAGAUGGAAUGCCAGUUUUAUCUCUCACAGUUAUUACAAAUACUAUGACGCAUGGAAAAAGUGCAAACUUUCUUGGUGGUGAAGGUGGAGCAGCAGAUCCAUUCAACGAAGGGUUCCGUGAAGAAAGUCUCGAGGCGAGUUUGAGAAGAGACAGAGAAGCUAUCGUCACCCAAGAUAUUCCGAUACGUAUUUUGACGGCAGAUAGUGUAGAAGGAAUACAUGAGCCAAGGGUUAGAGAUCCGGAUGCGCAUAUUAUGCUGCCUUCUCUGAUACAGUUGAAAGCUAUCUCGGAACGUUUCACGAAGCUUGCAAUGGCCACGGCAUCUGGUGGGACAAGAGCAGUCAGUGGAGGAAAUAUACCAAAGUUGGAGUUGAGCGCAAAUAUGCAUGGUAGUUUGAGAUUGAGUAUUGUUACGGAUGCACUGAAUAUCUCAAGUGUAUGGACAGGUCUCAAUAAUCCGGAAUUGGAUCCAAGGCAAUUGGAGGAUGGAGAAGACGAAAUUGAAAACCAUCCAACAACGAGACUUAAAGCUGCCGGCCCAGAUGCUUGGUCAACCGUUAGAAUAGAUGGAAGAGAUUGGGGAAAGGUACUUAGUGUGGGAAGACUUGGUGGAAGAGUAAUUGCUUGUUUCGUGAAUGAUCAUGCCUUGAUACUAUAUGUAUACCUUGACAACUAUGAUGAAGGUGACGAGUCUGUUCUAACGUACUACAUCUCCUCUUUCAGUGCAUAA